AUGAAGGCGACUCUCAUCAUCUCUAUUGUUUGCGCUGUUGCAGCAGCUGCUCCAACUCCCAAUGGAGGAAUCAACAUUCUCUCCAACUCCAACCUAGAGGUCGAAGGAGUACUCAGUCACGACAAUAUUCUCGGGACCCGUGGCAACAACCCUAUCGUCGACAUUCUCGACCACGGAGAAGUUAAAGUUACAGACACGGUCAAGGAUAUCAACAUUGGCCAGGGGAUCGUUUCUAAUCUAGAAAAAGAGACACGCGACGAGAAACUUCCUGCAGCUGUCAGUGUUCUUGAGAAUGGUGCAGCAGUCGUCGCUAGCAACGUCAAAGAUAUCAACAUCGCUCGCGACAAUGCCGCCGUGGAAAUUCUCCAGGGUGGUGCCGCAAUUGUCGCUGACAACGUCAAGGACAUCAACAUCGCUCGCGAUAAUGCCGCCGUGGAAAUUCUCCAGGAUGGUGAGGCGAUUGUCGCUAGCAACGUCAAGGACAUCAACAUCGCCCGUGACAAUGCUGUCGUGGAAAUUCUCCAGGGUGGUGCCGCAAUUGUGCAUGAUAACGUCAAUGAUAUUGAUGUUCUUUGA